AUGUUGGAUGAUGAUCAUAUGGAUGGUAUUGAUGCCUUGGUAAGUGACCAAAUUAGAGGGGAACCAAGAAAUGCAACCGAAGAUGAGAAAGUGUGUAACUUUGACAAAUUUAAGCAAGAUGCAAAUCGUGAGUUGUAUCCAGGUUGCACUGAUUAUAGUGUCUUGAAGUUUGUUAUUGAGAUAUUAAAUAUAAAGGUAAUAACCAACUUAAGUAAUAAGAGACUUGAUAUGAUGCUAGAAUUGUUGACAAAUGUUUUACCAAAAGGUAACUUGGUUCCAAGGUUAAUUUAUGAAGCAAAGAAGAUAUUACGUGACUUGGGCAUGUCACACGAGCAUAUAGAUGCAUGCAAAAAUGAUUGUGCAUUAUUUUGGAAGGAAAAUGAAAACCUUGAUAAAUGUCCGGUGUGUGAGGCGCCUAGGUACAAGGAUACAUGUGCCCAAGGUAAGAAGAUUCCUCAUAAGGUAUUGCAUUACUUCCUAUUGACACCGAGACUGAGGAGAUUGUACAUGUCAAGCCAAAGAGCUAAGGACAUGAGAUGGUAUAUAUACAAAUGUGUGGAUGAUGGGAUAAUGAGGCAUCCGGCUAAUAGUGAGGAGUGGAAGGAGUUUGAUUUGCAAUAUCCUGAUUUUGCCCUCGAACCUCGCAAUGUAAGGCUGGGGUUGGCUACAGAUGGAUUUAACCCUUUUGGGAAUAUGAACAACAACUAUAAUAUGUGGCAUGUCAUAAUCAUCCCCUAUAACCUACCGUAUUGGAUGGUUAUGAAAGAGCCAUAUUUUAUCUUGUCCUUGCUUAUUCCUAGUCCCCAUCAACCGAGAAAUAAGAUUGAUAUUUACUUGAAUCCAUUAGUUGACGAGUUGAAGGAGUUGUGGAAAGAAGGUGUAGACACUUAUGAUGCUUAUAGUAAAGAGCAUUUUCUGAUAUGUGCAACUUUGUUUUGGACAAUACAUGACUAUCCUAGAUUUGAUAACAUGUCUGCAUGGAGGACAAAGGGUUAUCCUUCUUGUUACACUUGCAACGAUGAACUAUAUUCAGAAGCUUUGAAAAGUAAAAUUGGAUUCAUUAACCAUCAAGCUUAUUUGCCUAUGGAACAUCGUUGGAGACAUAGUCGGUUGCAUAAUGGUUUAUCGAAGAAACAGAAGAGACAUUUAGAGUUACAAGUGGGAAAGAUACAAGAGCAGCUAGAUAGAAUGUCAAAUAUAAUUUUAGGAAAACAUCCAAGUAACAAGAAGAGACAACUCAUUGGGGAGCCAAAUUGGUCAAAGGUAAGUAUUUUGUACAAGCUUCCAUACUGGAAAAAUAAGAAACUUAAACACAACAUUGAUGUCAUGUAUGUGGAGAAGAACAUUAGUGAGAGUACUUACGGGACUUUGUUGGGCAUUAAGAGGAGAAACAAGGAUACUGACAAGGCAUGGAUAAACUUGCAAAAUAUGAACUUUAGGCACACGUUGCAUUUGAAAUAA